GUUGAGCAUUCUCAUACUUACGUGUAAGAUAUCAAGCCUAAAGACACGAAGAGAUUAGUUAUCGACGAGGUUGACUACAAUCUUGAUCCUCACCGUUUACACUUGACUACAUGGUUGCCCCCAAUAUGUCUCAGACUAUACACCGAAAGGACAGCGAGGUCGGCCCGACCAUGCGCCAACAGGGUCUGGCCGGCAUGUUCUAUGCCACUACUUCCUUCUCCAUCAUGUUCAUGAACAAGAUUGUGCUCACAUCAUACCACUUCCCAUCUUUCUUGUUUCUCGCGCUGUGCCAGUUUGUGGCCACAAUCUUCUGUCUGGAGGCCGGAAAAACGACAAAUUUGAUUACAUAUCCCGAUUUCGACAUGAAGCACUUUUGGAAGGUGUUCCCUCUACCUUUCAUCUUUAUGUUGAAUACGCUGACUGGCCUGGGCGGCACACAGAAGAUCAGUAUCCCAAUGUUCACGGUGCUUAGACGAUUCAGCAUUGUGUUCACUAUGAUUCUGGAAGGGUGGUUGCUAGGCAACGUAUCUUCCCGCAAUGUCAAGUUCUGUGUCUUCCUUAUGGUUUUUGGUGCUCUGGUGGCCGCAGUAGACGAUCUCUCGUUCGAUAUGGCGGGUUACACAUUUAUCAUGAUCAACAAUCUGGCAACAGCGGCUAAUGGCGUGGUAAUCAAGAAAAAGCUCGAGAGCAAGGAGCUGGGCACCUUCGGACUGAUGUACUACAAUACAUUGUUUUCGUUCCCCUUGCUGCUGUUCAUCUUUGUGUACCAGGGUGAGUGGGGCAGUGUAGUUGAGUUCGCCGACUGGGGUAACUUCUAUUUUCUCUUCUACUUUGUUGGUGCUUCGGUGAUGGGCUUUGUCCUCAACUUCUCCAUCUUCCACUGCACGAAGGUCAACUCUGCGCUAACGACCACCGUUAUUGGGUGCUUGAAGAAUGUGCUAUCAACAUACAUCGGUAUGGUUGCCCUACCCGAUUAUGUGUUCACAAUUGCCAAUUUCGCUGGUGUGAACGUCAGUAUCUUCGGGUCUCUACUUUACUCGUACGUCAAAUUCAAGGAGCAACAAACCGCAAAGGCCGGACCUGCGCUGCUACCCAUGACUAGAGAUAAUUCUCGGGAUUAAUUAUUAAGCAUUAAAGCAAAUCUAAAAUAGUAACGAG